AAAAAAAAGAGAGAGUAUUUUAUUAGAAUACAAAAGCUAGUAAAUAAAUAAGUAAUAAAUACAAUUAUACUUAGCAACAUUUAAAAUAGGAUGAUACCAAAAUUUUAAAUAUAUAGCAUAAUAAUCUUUAUGAAGGCCAUCUUAUUAUAUUGCGAAACAAUAUAAAUGUUAGUUAAUAAUGCAGAUUUUAACAUGUAAAAUGUAAAUACCCUAGGCUUUCUUCAAAAAAAUGCACUUAAUAACUGUGAUUUUACUUCUGUUAAUGGUCAAAGUAUUUAUGGAGGGCUAAAUUGUUUUGUGGCUUAAACAUCUAUCAGUUAUUAUGGACCAUAUGAUCAAAGCGGUCAAUUUUACUAGCUUUAACCUCAUUAUUAGGUCAUCCUAAAUAUGAAUAUCUAUUUUUUUUUCCCAUUAGGAGAUACAUAGAAAAUUGGAUAAGUUUAAAUAAAAUUAGAGUAGAAUUAAAUAACACAAUCUAGCUAGAGCAGUAACUGUGCAAGCUAUUAAGAUGCAAAUAAUUCUAAUUAUCCUUUCAUGAUUUGCUCAUUUUCAUUUAAUUAUUUUCAUUAAUUUGAUACUUUAAGUAUACAAUUAGUAGGCAUAAACACAGCAAGUAGCUUUUCAUGGGGAAUAUCGCAAUUAAAAAUUUAAACAACUGAAUGCACAGCUUCUUGUCUUAUUUGUAAUGCUUCAUAGUGCUUAUAAAAUAAACCUAGUAACUUGCUUAACACGCAGAUGUUGUAUUAUUAUGAAAAAGAGCUUUAUGAAUAAAUAGUUUAAAGCACAUAGAUUUUAAAUAAAUAUUGUCUUAUAAAUCAGUUUGUCUUCCUUAAUCAAGCAUAUUAUCCUUUCAUAGGUUUACCAUCUAAUUUAGAUCCAUCUUUGCUCAGCCCCUAAACAAUUUUGAUAGAACUACAGAAUUUACCAGCUCAUUAUUCAAUUUACAUUCAAUUUAAGUUAAUACAAGCUUCAUGUGGAUAAAGCAUUAAAAUUUACAAUGAUGAUACUUUGAUAACAUUUAAUUAACAGCAAACUGCUUGCUUAUCUCCCCCAACUAUCAGUUAUGUGUGGCUUUAAGUUUCCCCACAUAGACUUCCCUAAACAACUUUUAGCAUUUAACAAUAGGGUUCUCCCUUUGGAAUAAGAGAACUUAAGGUUUUUUUCGAUUUAUGUUAAUCGACUUGCUCAUUAUGCUCUAAUGACAGUUCAUGUGACACAGAUAAUGGAAAAUUACUCAUUGCAAGCUUUGCAUAUCAAGUUAACUCAGCUAAUUUAAUUAGAGAAGAUUGGAUAGUUAUAGGAUCACCUUCAACAAAUUUUGUAUCAACAUGCAAUAACAUAAAUUAUUUUGGUGGUAUCAACAUUUUUGACUGGAAAACUAAAGUAUUAAAUAAUUUUCAUAUAACUAACCCACACUAUUCUGCUAUUCUUGAAAUAAAGUUUAUCAAGAUGGGAUAGUGGGGAACCAAUAAAAUUGUUAUAAUAAUCGAUGGAAGAGUAUUUAAAAGAGUUUCAUUUUGUGAUUCAAAUAUUUAAAUUUGCUCAUCUGCAGGUUCAGCGGGUGGCGAUUAGAUAAAACAAAUUUAUUUUGAAUUUUCUCACUUUAGUUAUGAUAUGUCAAUAAGUAUUUAGCCUGAUAUCUAAUCAGCUCCAUCAACGUCUCUAUAUUGGGGAUUUAUAAAUUUUAGUUUGACUGUUAGAUAGUGCCAUUCUUCAUGUGUAAGCAAUUACUGCACAGGACCAUUACCUACUGAUUGUGGAUUACCUUAAAUUAACCUAUUUUAAAUAAGAUCUUUCUUUAGCUACGAUCCUCCCUCUGCUGCAGAUCCUUCUUGGAGUAUCUCAAAUUAGCAAUCAACCUGUGGAUCUUCUAUUUCUUAGUCUUGCACUUUAAAUAAUUUACAAUUUUAUGGAGGUUAAACUUGUUUUAAUUAGAAUACAUAGCUCUCUAAGUCUUUUGCAAUAAAUGACAGUUUUGUUUUUAUGGUCAUUUAAUUUAAUUUUAUUAAAUUUUCUGAUUGGGUUGUUCAAGGUUCUCUAAUAGUUAUGAUAAACUAAGUUUAAAUUUAUCAAGAGUAUUUUUCUUCAUUGUAGGCUAAUUUUAACUGCUAUAGCUCAACAUCUUAAGAUAUUGUAAUUUAUCCUGUUAAAAUUUUAAUGCUUGUGAAUUCAGUUACUUAAUAAAAUUUUCAAUUAUAGAUUUAUACAUAAUCACAUCAAGGUCAUUGGGGAAUAUAGUCUUUUUAAUUAGACAUUUAUGGAUGCAGUUUAGGAAAUUUUUUACAAAAUAAUUCAUGCUAAAGUUGCAAUAGUCAAACGUGCUUAGCCUGCACAAAUACAAAUUUAUGCUUUUCAAAAUGUCAUUAUUCAUGUGCUUCAUGUUAUGGGGAAGGCAAUUACUAAUGUUUAUCAUGUGAUUCUUCCUUAAAAAGAACAUUAGAUGGGAGUGUAUGUAAAUGCAUAGAUGGGUUUUUUGAAAUAGGCUAACCUGUUUGCCAGAAAUGCCAUUAGACAUGCCUUUAAUGCACAGACAUAUUUAUUAAUUCUUGCUCUUUUUGUGAUAAAAAUCUAUAUCGUUAACUAGACUAAGCUAGCAAAAAAUGCGUUUGCAUAGAUAGAUAUUAUGAAGUUCUAAAUUAAUUUCAAUGCUAGCCUUGCCAUUACUCUUGCCAAUCUUGUAAUGGAAAUUUAGAUACAAAUUGUCUGACUUGCUCUCUAUCUUCAGAUUACAGAGUUUAUGAUCCUAUAAGUGGAAAAUGUUUAUGCUAGAUUGGCUAUUUCGAAGAUCCUAAUUUAAAAAAGUGCCUACCUUGCUAAUUAAAGUGCCAUACUUGUGUUGAUACACCAACUAAUUGUACUUAAUGCUCAAAAAAUAGAAUUAAUAUUCCUAGUUGCCUAUGUCCAAUAGCAAACAAAGUUUGGCUAGAUGGUGAAUUAUGCAAUUUGUGUGAUUCUACUUGUCAAACUUGUUUUGGUGAUAGUUUUAACGAGUGCUCCACAUGCGUUGGAAAUCUUUAUCUUUAUGAUUUCUAGUGUGUUUAGUUAUGCCCUUAUUUCAUUUAUUUUGGACAUAAUUAGAAUAAUAUAAAUACCUGUCUUGAUAGAUGCCCAGAAUAAAGUUAUUAAAUAAAAAAAAGAUUAUGCUGUCAAAACAAUUCUGAACCUUGCAUUGAAGAAGUUACAAGCUAGGUUGUAAACUAUGGUGAAUAAGAUAAUAAAUAAAAUACUGUAAAAUUAUAGUUUAGUAGGCCUGUAAGGGUAGAAUACAUGUAAGGAUAUAGCAGAGUCAUUUUGCUAUCUAUGGAAAAUAUUUCUUCGUUUUAAUCAAAAAUAACUCCUCUAGACGAACAAAAUGGUUAUGUAUCAUAAAUUGAUAUUUAUGCAAUACCUUAGCAGUCUGUUCUUUACUCUAUACUUCAAAUAAAUCUUUUAGCUGAUUUCAUAAGAGAUAAAGAUGGUAUCCCUCACUCAUAAUCACAAUCUUAAUUAACAGCAAAAUUUGGCAAAACUGAAUUCAUUCCUUAGGAUUAGGUUGAUACAAUUUAGAGUGCUAGUUAGAAAGCAAAAUAAACUUCUCAAGUUAUUAGCAUAAUGGGAACAAUAUUCUAUUUUUUGAAUGUUUGUCAACUCUUAGAUAUUGUUGUUGAUGUAAUGUAGUGGUCUUAUUAUUACACUUUUAUAAAUGUUGAGUAUCCUAUUAACUCUGAUCUUUUCUUUAGUACUUUUAAUAGUAUUAAUAUAAAUAUAAAGCUAUUUGGAAUAGACAUUUAGUCUGGUGGAAAGAAGAAAGUUUUGGGAAAUGAGUUAGUGAACUAGGAUUCACCUUAGAAGUUCAUGGAUUAGAAUAUUACAAGCAGUUUUAUGAUAAAUGGUGCUAAUUUAUUAGUAACUUUAACUGGUUUUGUUGUCGGAAGAUAUUUAUUAGUUAGCAUACAUGAUUGUUACAACUAAACAGAAGAUGAUCACAAACACAGUAUCGUCUGUUAGGCUUUGAAAUUCGUCAAAAAUUUCUUAACUUUUUCACCGAUAAUUAAAUAUAUUUAGAAUUCUUUUUUUGCUUUAGUAUUUAGUGUUUGCUUGUAGUUAAGAAAUAUGGAUUCAAGUAAUUCUUUUAAUAAUGCUUCAAUAGCUAUUUGCUUUAUGACUAUUUUCGCCUUUCUUGCUUCAAUCAUUUACUUCAUGUAUAAAGUAAACAAUGCUGAAAAAGAAUUUAACUAUAUAUAAAAAUAUGGUUCUCUUUUUGAAUUUUACAUCAGAUCAAAGUUUAUUACAAGGAAUUUUGCUUUUUGGAUAUUUAUAAAAAAGCUAUUAAUGAUGAGUUCUUUAGUGCUAUUUUAUGAUUAUUUUUAUACUAACCUCAUAAUUAUGGGGAGUGUUUGCUUUUUAUUUGCAAUAAUGAUAUAUUUUUUCAAGCCAUACACUAUAGUAAGGAUGAAUGACUUUCAUAUAUUUUCAGAAUUUCUUUUGAUCAUUUGUUUUGUUUUGAUCUAUUAAAUUUAAGAUUGCAAUAACUAAAUAGCUUAGCAGAGUGAUUAAGGUAUAGACCAAAACAUAGUUAAUAAAAAGCUGUUCUUAGGAUGGUGGUUAAUUAUUAUCACUAUAAGUCAUAUUGCUAUAAUGGUUUGUGCAAUUAGUAGCUUACUAUGGGGUAGUAUAAAAUAACAUUUUCAUAAUUACAAGAUCUAGAUUAUCAACAUUUUAGCGCUCUGUUAUACCAAAUAUAUUAACAAAAUAUAAUUUUUGUACAGGUCAAUCAUCUUCUAUUGCUUUGAUAAAUCCACUAUAAAUAAAAUAUGGCUACCAAAUAUUUUAAAGAAAAUGAAGAGCCUUCAUGAACAUUACAUGGAUUGCUCAAAUAAAGGGAGAUGGAAAUCUAAUUGUUAAAUACUUUUAACUGAAGAGUUGGCUAUCAAAAAAUUUUAGAAUGCAUAAUUAAAAUAUUCAUUUGGUGAUUUUGUUUUCUUUAUUGAAUAAUCUGCAAAUUAAAAUUAAUUUAGAGCAUGGGUUUGGUCUGAGUCUUACUAAUAUAAAUUGCACGAAUAAGCUGGAAAUUAUUUUUAAGAUAAAAUUUAAAUUUCAAGGACAUACCAAAAAAGAUAUGAAAACAAUCCUCUUUACAUUUAAAUAUUUAAAAAAAUGUUUUAAUAUUCUCAUCAAUUAAAUAAAAAAGUUUAAGUUGAUAAUUUACUUGAUAAUUACUCUGAAAUACACUUUAGUGAGUUGUACAAUUUAAUUACAUUCAGAAAUUACUGGAAUUUUAUAAAUAGCGAAGUCACUUUGAAGCACUUCUUAAAGCAGCACGAUAUAUCAGAAAUAUACUUUAGCUCAAAUAAUAAUAAUAAUAAUAAUAAUAAUAUAGAAAGUAAUCAAAAAAUAUUUGAGAAUUAAAAUUUAAAGAACUUAAAUAUUUCUUUUGAGCAAACUUAUGUAGAUAAAAUUAAAAUUAAUAGAUGUGAUUGCAAAUACUGCCAAAGUCUUUUUUAUGCAAAAGAAUAUUUAGAUAAGAUAGAUUGGAAACUCUUUGAUCAUUUAAAAGAGAGCUAUAUUCAACCUGAGGAGCUAUUAAUUAUGUUUAAUAAGUUCGAUGAGAAAACUAUUCUACUAUUUAAAGAUAUCUUAAAUGAAAGAGUAAAUAUCAUGGAAACAGGACAAGUCAUUUCUUAUGAAGAAAUAGAGAAUAGCUAUAAUGAACUUAUCGAUGACCCAUUUUACACGUAAUAGUCUAGUAGUUAAAAUUAAAAUCAUACCUAUUUCGAUUUAUUAGAUACUUCAGAAGUUUAAACAAAAAAAUAAUUAAAGAAAAAAUUGAUUAAUUCUGAGCUUGAAAUGACUAACGUUUAAAAAAAAAAGUAAAAUAAGCCUGAUUCAAAAGAAAAAAAUGACAAAGUCUAAAAAAAUAAUAAUAAAAAUGACAAAAAAAAGAAUAAAAAAAAGUAAAAUAAUGGUAAUAAUAAUUAAUUUUCUAAUUUCUUCAAAAAUGAAAGUUCUGAAUCAGAAGAAGAACAAGAAGAAAUUGAAGAAAUUAUAAAUAUUACAUAAUAUGUGAGGUUUAAAAUAUUUAAAUGGACUGAGUGUUGAUUGAUUAGCCUAUACUAUAAAAAAUCAAUAAAGUUUAACAAAUUAAAUAACAAAAUUAAAAAAAUUCGUGUAAAAAAAUGAAACUUAAAUUUCGUUAAUUACAAAUCUGUUUAACAAUAAUAAAGUUUUAU